ACAAUGACGAAAAAAUGAGCACAUCCUUUUUCAUUUUCUUGUUUCUACGGCUUUCUUUUCUUGGCUCACGAAAAGUACCUUAACUGGUUAACUUUCUUACCCUUUAACGUUUCAACCACGUACACAAAAGCCCAGAGAAAUCUCUGUCUCUGUCUCUCAAAUGUGUGAGACUGAGAGGAUGAAGGAAGAGGCAGAGAUUGAUCGGUUACCCUUAGACUUGCUGGCGCAUAUAUUCGUGAUGAUUACUUCCUUCACCGAUUUGGCUCAGGCGAGCGGUGUGUGCAAGAAAUGGAAGCAGGGGGUGAAGCAGUCUCUGGCUCGGAGGGAGUCUCUGAGCUUUUCUGGUCGUAAGAUGGACGAUGACUCCACUGCCCGCCUUGUUCGCUAUGCCUACAGCCUCAAAGACCUUGACAUUUCAAGGAGCCGCUGGGGUUGCCAAAUCACUGACAAUGGCCUUUACAGAAUAUCUUUGGCCAAGUGCGUGAGCAACCUGACAUCCAUAUCUUUAUGGGGUAUGACAGGGAUCACAGACAAAGGUGUUGUUCAACUGAUAUCCAGAGCUCAUUCCUUGCAACACCUCAAUGUUGGUGGUACAUUUAUCACAGAUGAAUCUUUAUUUGCCAUUGCAGAUAGCUGCCCACAUUUAAAAACCAUAGUCCUAUGGAGCUGCCGUCAUGUAACGGAGGGCGGGCUUCUUGUUCUUGUAAAUAAAUGUCGAAAGCUUCAAUCUAUCAAUGUAUGGGGGACCAGAAUUCCUGUGGACUGCUUCAUUGGUUUGCUUACUAUUAGUCCAGCCCUUCAGAUAAAAACAAGAGGACUACUUUUAAAUGUUGGAAGCACCUCUCUUUGGCCCGUUGCAUAAGGUUCCCACACUUAUGGUUGUGUUUCCCAAUUGCUUUCUGUACAGAUUGUUUUCUUUGUAUCUCCAUAUAAUGAUAAGUUUUAUCAGCACAAUAAGCCACAUGUGAAUACAUUUAAACACAAUUGGUCAACUCUCCUCAUUGUCCUAAUAAUAGCGCAAAUUUUCGUGCUCACAA